AAUCCCAGCUACUCAGGAGGCUGAGGCAGGAGAAUUCCUUGAACCUGGGAGGCAGAGGUUGCAGUGAGCCAAGAUCGCGCCACUGCACUCUAGCCUGGGCAACAGAGCAAGACUCUGUCUGGGAAAAAAAAAAAAAAAGAAAGAAAAAAAUUAUUCCAUCCCUAUGGGACUGAAAGGAAAACUGCCCUUGUUGGAUCCUGAUGCUAAUCAAAUUGAGCUGGGGGUGGGGUAUCUCCUUUCAGAAUUUGUAAUCAUGAGCCUGCCCUCAUGAAUUUACAUGACCAGGCACUGUCCCCCUUCCUAAAAGAUAAGCAAACACACACACACACACACACACACACACACACCUGGAGCCAAAAAUUUGAUUAGAAAUGGUCCUAGGCUUGUAAUGCUCCCACAGUUACCUGAGAGAAGCAAGUGUAAAUCCUUUCAAGUGGAACUCAGAAAUUUGCCUUCAUCCCUGACCUCAAAGAAUUCCCACAGUAAUAUUCCGAAGAAAAUGAGCAGCCCCUAAAUAAAAUAAUUCACUAAAUAUACAAAUAAACAGGGCACUAUGAGUGAGAUCCAGUAGAAACAAGACAGCGGAUUCAGACCCAGACUUUAGAUGCUGGAGUUAUCAAACCUAGUAUAUCCGACAAGUAUGUUUGAUAUCAUUUCAUAAAUAAAAGAGUCUUGAAAAUAUCACAAAAGAGCAAGCAGAUGUGGAAAAACACAAACAACUUGUAGAAAUGAAAAAUAUAACAACUGAAAUUUAAAACUCAAGAGACAGGUUUAACAUCUAGAUACAGCUGAAAUUAUUAGAGACAUGGAAGAUAGAACAGAACUUACCCGACAUACAGCCAAGAGAGCUAAAGAUAUGGAAAAUAGGAAAUAGAACUUAAAGAGACAUGGAAGAUAGACUGAGAGGUCUAUGAUAUGGUUUGGCUGUGUCUUCACUCAAAUCUCAUCUUGAAUUACAGCUCCCAUAAUUCCCAUGUGUUGUGGGAGGGACCUGGUGGAGGUUGAUUGAAUGAUGGUGGUGGUUUCCCUCCUACUGUUCUCAUGGUAGUGAAUACGUCUCACAAGAUCUGAUGGUUUUAUAAGGAGAAACCCCCUUUGCUUGCUUCUCAUUUGUUUGCUUCUCAUUUGCUUUUUGCCUGCUGCCAUGUAAGACGUGCCUUUGCCUUCCACCAUGAUUGUGAGGCCUCCCCAGCCACGUGGAACUAUGCAGAUCUGUGGAUCCAGCGUGGCAUCUGUAGCAGCUGGGACAUCAUUCCAGGUUUUGGGCCCGGUGUGUUGGCAACAACUGGAUCUGAAGAUGGCAGUCAGGGUGCUUUGGGGUGGCCUCGGCCUGCUCCGAGUGCUGUGGUGUCUCCUUCCGCAGACGGGCUAUGUGCACCCAGAUGAGUUCUUCCAGUCACCUGAGGUGAUGGCAGAGGACAUCCUGGGUGUGCAGGCCACCCGGCCCUGGGAGUUUUACCCCAGCAGCGCCUGCCGCACAGUGGUCUUCCCCCUGCUGACCUCCGGCUCUACCUUCUGGCUGCUCAGGCUCUGGGGAGAGCUGGGGCCGUGGCCUGGCCUGGUGAGUAGCUAUGCGCUGCUGGUGGGGCCGCGGCUCCUCCUUGCUGCCCUUUCCUUCGCUCUGGACGGGGUGGUGUACCACCUGGCCCCACUGUUGGGGGCGGAUCGCUGGAAUGCCCUGGCCCUGCUCUCUGGUUCCUACGUCACCCUGGUCUUCUACACAAGGACCUUCUCCAACACCAUUGAGGGACUCCUCUUCGCGUGGCUGCUGGUGCUGGUAUCCCCCCAUGUAAUGUGGGGCCCUACAUGCAAGGAGCCUGUGCCGGGUCCAUGGUGGCACAGCUGGCUUCUUGGAGGCGUCGUGACUGCUGGCUUCUUCAACCGGCCCACCUUUCUGGCCUUUGCUGUGGUCCCUCUCUACCUCUGGGGCACCCGUGGAGCCACAAACCCUGGCUUGAAGUCCCUGACCCGGGAGGCCCUGGUGCUGCUCCCUGGGGCGGCCCUCACAGCAGUGGUGUUUGUGGCCAUGGAUAGCUGGUAUUUCUCCAGCCCCGCUACAUCCAGGACCCUUGUCCUUACACCUGUCAAUUUCUUGCACUACAACUUGAAUCCCCAAAACCUGGCGAGGCAUGGCACGCAUGUGCGGCUCACUCACCUGGCAGUCAACGGCUUCCUGCUCUUUGGGGUGCUGCAUGCCCAGGCCCUGCAGGCCGCGUGGCAACAGCUGCAAGCUGGCCUCCAGGCCUCUUUACAAAUGGGCCUCCUGAGGGCACUGGGUGCCCGGAGCCUGCUGUCCAGCCCCAGGUCCUAUCUCCUUCUCCUCUACUUCAUGCCCCUAGCCCUGCUGUCUGCCUUUAGCCACCAGGAGGCUCGGUUCCUGAUUCCCCUCCUGGUCCCCCUAGUCCUGCUUUGUAGUCCACAGACCCAACCUGUGCCUUGGAAGGGCACCGUGGUCCUCUUCAAUGCCCUCGGUGCCUUCUUCUUCGGCUGCCUGCAUCAGGGGGGCCUGGUGCCUGGCCUGGAGUACCUGGAGCAGGUGGUCCAUGCCCCUGUGCUCCCAAGCGCACCCACCCACUACACACUGCUCUUCACUCACACCUACAUGCCCCCCCGGCACCUCCUCCACCUCCCAGGCCUGGGGGCACCAGUGGAGGUGGUGGACAUGGGAGGAACUGAGGACUGGGUCCUGUGCCAAGCCCUGAAAAGCUUUACCAGACAACCAGCCUGCCAAGUGGCUGGUGGGCCAUGGCUCUGCCGCCUCUUUGUGGUGACCCCUGGCACCACCAGGGGUGCCGUGGAGAAGUGCAGCUUCCCCUUCAAGAAUGAAACACUUGUAUUUCCCCAUCUAACCCUGGAGGAUCCACCAGCCCUGUCCUCCUUGCUGAGUGGGGCUUGGAGGGACCACCUCAGUCUUCACAUCGUGGAGUUGGGGGAAGAAACCUGACAAUAUGACAGGGCACCCACCGCCCACGAUUCAGCCAUAGAAGUUGCUGCCCCACCUUCUACUUGGGUAGCCGGGCUGGGACGCUGGCACAGGGCCCAGGUUCUCCUUCACGACUCCCACUGCUGCCUCUCCUGGGCACGGCUGUCCUGCCUUCUGGGUGAGCUGGCACUCCUCUCCCUGAGACCAAAGAUCUGACCUGUCAGUCUUGAUGUCAAGGUCCCCAAAGAACCAGGUGUAAGUGAUGACACCUGUCGGUUCCUGCCCUACUGCUUCCAGCCACUGUGAUGUUUGAAACAUGUAAUAGUACCUGGUUGGGAAAAAGAAUGAACUGCCAGUGACAUUCCCCAGCGACCUCUCCCAAACUUCCCAUGAUGCCUUGCCCUUGCUGUCAUGACAACCUCUGGCUUCCUGAGACCGAUCUGCCUAUCCAAAUAAUGUGGAAGUCAGUGUGAUGAAGUAUAGAGAACAGGUGGCCCAGAUCCAGGGGACCCAACUUCUAGCCCCUUGGUCUGUCACCCCCUCGCUGUAUGAUCUUGAGAAAGCCCCUUCCACUCUCCCACCCCACUUCCCAGUCUGUUGGGAUCAGAGGAUCUUUGAGGUGUCUGCCAGCUAACAUCGUGUCAUUCCUGGAAUCCACAGUACAUGUCCCCCGUCCUCGACAGGCACAGCUCUCACAAAGCUCUUUAAGCAUGGAAGUGGGAGUUGUGUUGUACUUCAUGGCCCUCUGCUGCCUGCUGUCUCAGUGUUUGGUUAUUGUGCAAACAAGUAAUGUUUGAAAUAUAUAAUUGCACCUGAA